CGCACUGUGGGCCUGCUGCUGUCGGCAUUGGAAACGAUGGCGAACGGAGGACGAAGACGGCAGGCGAGGAUAACAACGACAGGGAGCUCAGAGCUCGUCAGUUAACGACGCUUGUCUCAGUUGCAUCCGAACGCUCCAGCAGUAAACGUUAUCGAAACUGGCCAAGCGCAAAUCAAGCUGGCCACCAUGGUGACCAAUGCCGGCACAACGGGGGCAGCCGCAGCAGCAGCAACAACAGCCACCACGGCCACGAAUAACAACAACUUGCAAACGAACAACAACAGCCAUGCGGCAAAUAACAACAACGAUGACUUUGACUUUGACCAGGAUAAUGGAUUGCAGGACCUGGGCUUGCCAGUGUCCGUGCAGACCUUCCUGUGGCGCCAAAUAGCCCCCUUCAUCCGUCCCAAGCUGGGCAAACUGCACGAGUCUACCUGUCUGUUUUGUCAACAUGCACCGGGACACCAUGAGUCGAAGGAAGCCUGCAAGUCCUUCGAGAAAGUGCUGGUGCAGAACAUCCAGUUCGGUCUCUCUCCACCGCUUACAAAGGCUCUGGGAGCCAUUCCCCGAUGGCGCCUGCUCCAAGGUGCCCUGCCCCACGUGAUGCAUGCCUGUGCCGCUUUGCUACACAACCGCGUCAAGGAUAUGCAGGCCAUCGGACCCGUGGAAACUAAGCUACUCUAUACCAUGCAGUGGAUCCUUUUGUACGCCGCCGAGGAGUGCGCUGACGAUGAAGGCGGCGAGGAUCUAGGACUGGGUGAGGUGGCCGAGCCCAAGUCAAAGUCCAUAGAUCAGUACUUGUUCUCAGUGCCAACGAUUACGCUCUUUGUGUAUCUCUUUGCACCCAUCAUACAUCACCUAAAGGAGUCGGAUUUCCAGAACUUCCGUCUGGAGAAUGGCAUUAAGCUUUGGCAGGGCAUGUGGGACAACCGCGCUCCGGGAGCCCCUUGCUUUACAGCUUCGGUCAAGCCCAAGGCUCGGAACUUGCUGUGUGCUCCCACCCCGAAAGGAUCUACGGAUGUGUUUCCCGCCCGUAAGCACUCCCUAAGCGCGGAUGCCAUGUCCCCCAAAGCGGACUCGCCGCAGAGCGGCAUUUCUGAUUACGGCAGGCAGGAUGAAGAGGGCUCCUGGGUGUCCUCGCCCAAGGAGUUUGCCUUUCCCGAAACCAUACCCGAGGAGGCCUCCAGCGUGGAGGACGAACGCGUUGUCAUAUUUAGGCUGCCUUCGGCGCCACAACUUAUGGAUAACUCGUUCUUUACGGCCGAUGCCAGUCUGCUCCAGCAGCAGCAGUCUCAGAGCCGUCGUGGCAGUCGCCAGUCCAUGAACUCUCGGGACAAGGACAAGGUCCCGUCCACCAAGUUCGAGUUUGAUCAGCAAGAGCUGAUGCGCGGUGCCUCGAUGAAGGAGAAACGAAGUGCCUCUAUUGAAAAGGAGACAGAUUCGGACAAGUCGGACAGCAUCAAGGCGGAUGUAUCGGCGGCCACCUUCCUCGAUGUGGCGGUCCUUCGUUGCCUCUUCAUCUCCCACUGGCAGGAGGAGGGCAUCUUCUGGAGCCUGCAGUAUCUGUAUAAUCGUCUCAGCGACAUUGGAGAAGAGGCAGCCAUUACCUUGAAUCAACCUCGCAAGCGAUCCAACUCUUUGCCCAUACCCCAAAUCGAGAUAUCUCUGUACCAGGGACCCGGCAGCAAUAGUCGCGAUAGUCCAGGGAGCUCUGUAGUCAAGGACUACAUCGAGAUACCUGAUCCUUCGCCCACGGUGACUGCCUGUGUUGUGGAGGAACCCCAAAGUGCACCGAGCACCAGUGAAAGGCGUGGCAGCGAGAAGAAAAAACGGGUCAAAAUGGCAGAUCUUCGGGCCUUCGUAGAGACAAAGAUGUUCUCAAAGUCGGAGAAGAAUUUGGAAAAAGUAGGGCUAGAUACAAACUCUGCCAAUGGCAAGACACCAACACCACUGCAACAUGCAGAGUACCACCGCAGCCUGGACACAGGUGAGAAGAAGCUAUCGCGUUCCGCUUCGAUGAUUAGUCGCGAGCCGGCCAGCAAUUUGAUCAAGGGCAAAUCCAUGCCCAGUCUCAGCUGUCUGCUUGAUAGCGGAUUUUACAGAUACGUAGAGCCACCUAAAGCACCAAGGCCAUCGCAGGCCAGCUGUCCGCGCUCCACGGCAUUUUACCCCCGGAAUCCCAUCAUUACUGUUACGGAGCAUACGCCCACACCCUCGCCAGACUACAUUAAGCGACAGGGAUCCAUUGACUCCCAGCUGGAUGCCCUAAGUAAUGGCGGAAGCAUUGCUGGCGGCAAUGGAGGAGGCAAUGGCAGCACCGGCAUGGGCAGCACCACCACCCGGUACCGUGGGCAAAUGCUGCGCUCCCACACGGACUCGCAUAUCGAUUAUACAGGCGUGGAUGAGUCUGAGGCACCUGGGUCCUCCUUCUACAUAACCCGCGAUGGCGGCAUUGACUACGAGAUAAUCCUGCUGGCCAUUAGCAAUGUGUUCAAGCGGGAUCCAGCUCAAGUGUGUUCCCUUCGUGUCCUAGAGGCGGGCCUCAAUAUCUGCGAACUCCUGAUCGAAAUGGGGGUUCUCAAGUUGGGUGAACAUGCCCACGAGAUUUCCAUGAGCAUCACCAGGCGAGCUCUGCAGGUACUGGGAUGUCCACACGGUUGCAAUGAUGGUGUUCGAGGUCCUCCCGCCGACUUCCUGCGCAAUCAGUGCCAGAAGAUUUUGUCGCGGAUGCUGCGACAGGCUGGCCAGCGGACCAAGCGAUACAUGCAGGAGAUGGUGCGAACGUCGCCGCUGCCGGAGCUCAUAGACUACUUCCAUGCCUUCCUGGCAUUCUGCGUGGACCCCAGCUCGCUGCUGUCGCCCCUAACUCAUAAACGUCAGAGUGGAUAUAAAAAUGCUAACACCGAUCUUGGCGGCGUACCAGGUCAGGGCGGCUAUUCGACCAAUUUUAGUGGCGGCAUGAGCGGCGGCGCCGAGGCCCAAGUAGUUGGGGCAGUCUUCAAGCCCCUGGUCAGUCGCUUUGUGGAGGCCAGCAAGGAUCUGAAGGGUCCAGAGAACAUAGCCCUUUACGGCGACAUCCGGCAGUUGGUCACCUAUGUAAAAGGAGCGCAUGGCGGACCCUUCCGCCUGGUGGCCCUUAGCGGCAUCCUGGCUGUGACCCCAAGACCUCACAAGAAGGGACCCACCUCGCAGACCACACGAGUGAUUAGACACAUUCCCCAGGCCAAUGUUCCGCAGAGUUCUCAGAACGACGACAAUCGGUCCCAGCGUCGCCUGCUGCUGAAGAAGCGCAGCACGUCAUCCGCCUGCGCCAGUCUCCUAGAAACGGAGGCAUGCGAGGAACACUACAAGACCAGCCAGUCACCGCUGAGCAACUUCCGGAGACGCACCACCGGUGUAAGGCCCACAUUGACACCUCGACAUAGCGAGCGAGCCCUGCUUUCCGAUUCCACGUCCAGUUCGGAACGCAAUUCGCUGGGACGGCUCAGCGGCUUGGUGCGCUGGUUUCGCGGCACGCCCAAGGAGGCAUCGUCCAUUGACCUGGAGAUCGGGUCCCUUAAUCCGGAGAUCUCCUCUACAUUCAUGCGGCACGCCUCGCUGAAGAUCCAGCGCGGCCGGUCGAGCGAUGGCAUUGGGCGGUCCAUUCAGCGUGCCAAGCGACGCGUCGAGCGGCGGCUGAACCGUUUCGGCGGCAUUGUGAAGGGCAAGAAGAAGGUUGGCGGCAUUGAGGAGACGGCUGACUUCAGCCGGCGCAGCUCUUCGGACAUGUGCGAUGGGCCGAGAGAAUCGGAGGUUGUGAUCCUCAAGGAGCGGAAGUUGGUGCCCACGGAACCGGUGCGAGUGGGGAUGCUACGUCUGUCCUUUCUACUGGAGACUUGCGCCCCUGGCUCCUUUCCAGAUCCCCAGCUGGUGGCAGCCGUCUUGGAUUUGCCUCAAGCUCCUCUCGUGGCCCGGGCCACAUUCCUGUUGGAGUGCGCCCACUUUGUCCACCUGUGCAACAAGGGCCAGUGGCCCGCCUGGAUGAAGCAGAAUGUGGGCAGCUACCGGGCCUCCGGGGCCAACAUCAACAUAAACCAGAUGAAACAGCAAGUGAGUCAAACAAGCGCCAGACGAACACACAUCUUGCAACGUGCCGCCGGGAAGAUGUUCCACCAGUGGGCGGAGAUGGUGGGUGCUCGUCUAGAGGAGAUUCUGUUCACCGAACGGCUGCAGUACGAAGCGGUGAAUGCUAGUCUCACUGAUCCAGAGAAGCAACGCGAACUGCUGCAGCAGGACGAGGAGGAGGACUUUCUGGACGAGACAUCUGUGAACCCGCACGGCAACGAUUGUCCUCACUCCCUGAAGCUGAUAGCCUGCGUCCUGCUCUUCGAGAUUACAGCGUUUUUGAGGGACACUUAUCUAAUGUUGCCCAAGACAUCGAAGCUGAUCCAUCGGGACAAGCCGGCGCCAUGGGAGAAAGUUUAUCGCGAAGCCAACCGCCGUUGGUCCAUGGCCCUGAGUUCAAUGGGGCAUUCGCAGACCUCGGCCCAGAGUCUGCAGUCAAUAGCAGCGGGCAACGAUGUUGCUGGUCAGUCGGAGCGGAAGAUCUCUUUUGUCCUCCACGAACCGGACAACGAGUCGGAAAACAGCAGCAACACAACGCUAACCAAGGAAGGAGGCGAAGAGGCACGCCGCCCCACAGCUUCUGCCGUUCGCCCGUUCCUGCUGAGACGUGGCACUGCCACCACCACAGGCGGAUCCUUCAAGCGUCGUUCUCUAAAGCUUCGUCGCAACACCAAGGAUAGCAAGGACAUUGAAACAGAUUUUAACAUGCAAUCACGACGGAAGGUGUCCUCCCUGUCUGAUCGCAGUGACACCUCUGAGCAGGGCAUGAUUAGCGGAGGCGAGGAAUCACCGGGAAUCCUUAGUGAUGACCAGCAACCAGAAUCACCAACUGACUCCAACGAAAACGAUGACACGGCCAAGAAUAUGCCCUGGCUGAAGGCAGUCAUCGAUAUGAUGUCCAGCUACAACUACUACUGCACCCACAAAGGAUACUGUCAUCCUUUUUGCUAUAAGCGUCAUAUGCGGUCCUGCACCCGGUUGGUUAAGGCCACCCGAAAAGUUUAUGGCGAAGAAUUUGGGUUUACCUUCGAUGCCGAUCAUCCUAAUGUAGAGCCCACGGUUAUAAGCUCCAGCAAGCCCCACACUUCGCGAUCCCGUUCCACGAGGAAAGUAUCAGAGCAGAGCUCCACCCAGACUUCCCCUUCCAAGCGUAAGGAUAGUUUGUCCCGCAAGGAUCGCAUAAGUGACGACCCCGAUCUGGAAAUGGCUGAGAAACUGGCCAAAGCCUUCCGCCAGGAGAAGGAAAAGAAGCUGCAGGAAGAACCACCAAUUCUGAAGUUCAUCCGCAUCCACAUUCGCAAUCUGUUUCACUUUCCACUGGCCACAUUGCUAAAAGGUGCCGUUGUGCUCACCGAGGAGAUGGUCAUCGAGGCAAUGCCGGCUGCCUGGGAGCUCCUGCUGGAGACGAACCAUGAUACGGCCACUUCUAGCGCCGCUGUCUUUUUGAUGGGCUCAGUAAAGGCCCAGAACUUUGCCUUCGAUAUUAUGCAGAGGGCCCUAAAGCACAAGGAUCCGGAUAUAAGGAUUGGGGCCAUUCAACGGUAUCUAGUGCUUUGGAAAUGCCGUUUCCAUGUCUGGCCACGAAUGGAAGAGAACGCCCACGACGUAACGUUCAAGGUUCCUCCAGGCGGUAUUGAAUUCACCCUGCCCUCACCCAAAAUUGGCAUCGAAAGUCUUCCGGUAGUGGACCCGCCGUGGAUGCCAGUACAGCAAACGAAGGACAUGGAUGUCACACUGAACCAAGAUAGACAUCGAUCCCUGGUCACCGCCACCAAAAGCCGUAAGAUGCAGCAGACGGAGGCCAUCCGGAACGCUCUGCGCCAGCAGCGGGACAAGCAGAGGGCGGAGCGGCACAGCUUCCUCAUUACCAUGAUUCCCAUAAGUCAGCAGGCCUCCCAUGAGCCUGGUAUGGAGAAGCUGGAGGACCACGAGAUCGAGGAGGAUCUGGACGGAACGCGCAUGUCCUCGCACUUGCACCACUCCCACUCGCUCUUCCCCUCCGUGCUCUGCUCGUCCGUGAUGCAGAUCGUCGGCUGCCUGGAUGACGCCGCCAUCGGAUCAGACGGCAAUGCGGUGUAUGAGAUCGCCUACCAGGUGAUCUGGGUGUGCCUGGUGGAGGAGUCCGCUUUGUUCUUGCGCUAUGUUUUCGAGCGUUUGACUCGUGAUCGUCAGGAUCAGAUGUUCAAGCUACUGCGUCACCUCAUCCGAUUUGUUCCCCGUCUGCCCCAGCAGGCAGCUUUUGCUCUUUACAACUCGAUCAUUGGGUAUAUCAUGUUCUACGUGAGAUCUUCCAACGAGCUCAAGCAAGAGCUUGUAGGGUCAGCCCUAUCGGUUCUGUGGAUGGUGGUCCAUUCAGUGCACGGCAUUAUGUUCAAGGAUCUGAAACAGAUCCUUCGAAAGGAGCAGUGUGAUGCCUCUAUUCUGCUAACAGCCAAUGUGCCGGCUGCUAAGAAAAUCGUGGUGCACGGACCGGCUGAUGACGACUACAACAUUCCGUCUCAAUUUCCCGUGCAGGAAGACACACUCUUCUGUCAGUUGCUAAAGGAGGCCUUGGAUUACUAUCCCAUUGAUGAGAAGAACACCAGUCACUAUUGCCUGGUGGAUUACAAGAGCAGUAAAAUCCUCAACCCAAAUUGGUAUAUUCGCGACUUGUACUUCUUCAAGCGGUCUCAGUAUCCAGAGGUGCGUCUCAUGCUAAUGCGUCCGGAAGAAUCCUUUUUGGCCCUGCAAAAGCAGGAGCUAACCAAAAAGUUUGUAGAGAUUGGAAAGGUCCAUCUGACCUGGGCGAUCCUCAAGAACGUGGAUAUGGUGGUGCAGCGGGUAGUGUUCCUGCACGAAGAGCUAAUGAAGCUGCCUUCGUUUCCGCGCAAGGCUCUCGAAGUGGAUCUGGAUCUGCACCAUGGCGGCGAGUACGGAAAGGUCCUGCUCGGGUUGGACGUCCUGCACAAGUUCAUGUGGGUGCGACUGAUCGCUCGCAUGUUCGAGGCCAUGGCAGGUAACUUCGCCUAUUCGGCGGACAUCCAACUCUUCCUGAACGUCCUUUCCGGCGCCUCCAUCCUGCAUGCCGAAGAUUCCUGCAUCAUGCGCUACGUGAUGGCCACCUUUAUUAACGCCGCCUUCAACUUCAAGAACAUCUUUUCUACGAACGGAUACUUUAUGAUUAUGCCCACGCUGCUGCAGGUUUACUCCCUGCACCAGACCAACAAGCUGAUCACCACCACCAUUGAGUACGCUGUCAAGCAGUUCUAUCUACUCAACCGGAAGCCAUUCAUCCUGCAGAUGUUUGGAUCCGUUUCCGCCAUCCUGGACACGGACGAAGACGGCACCUAUGGAGAGGCGCACAAAGUCCAGUCCAGUUGUCUCUUUAACCUCCUGCUCAGCUUGGAGGAUCCCUCACCGGAUCCGCUCAACAUUGCGGAAUUGGUCAAGGAACCAAAGCCUCUCAAGGCCAUUGAUUUUUGCUACCACGACGAGGACGACGACGUGACUGUGUUGGACUGCAUCACACUCUGUGUAAUGGUGGUUUCAUACUCGGCGGAGAGCACUCGAGGAUACCAGAUGCUGAUUAUUUUGGAGGCUAUCCUGCCAUGCUAUUUACAGCAGAUCCAAUCCCCCAGCUACAUACCCCUGCAGGGAAAGUCCGAACGCGACAUUAUCCUCCAGCUGGCGGUAGCCAUUCGCACCAUGGUGCACAACUGUGAGGGCCUGGCCAAGAGCUACAACGGACCGUAUAGGAACAGUCCAGAGCACAAGGGCUCCUCGCAGCGCAACUGCAGCCGAGGACCGCCCUGCUCGCCUGGUCUGGACUUUGAGGAGGAAUCACACCCGAAGUACUUGACGGAUGCUCGCACAAAGAACAUGAUGGACUCUGCCGAGGAUUCUGAAAUGAUUCGCACUGAGUACCGGAGACCCCGAGACGUACUGCUCUCCGUGGUGGCAGAUUUUCUUACAAAAUCUACGGCUCGAUUGGCGGAACUGGCCAAGAAGAUGCCCAGUGAUACCAAGCCUACUGAGGUCCUGGACGCCAAAUGCCACAUCCGCCUGGCGGAUAUUGCACACUCACUUCUGAAGGUGUCACCGUACGACCCGGAAUCGAUGGCUUGCCGGGGCCUGCAGCGCUAUAUGCAGGCUGUUUUGCCCCGAGCAGAAUGGUCCAACGAUACUCUUCGGAACGCCUUGGUCACCAUUCUGAGGCGCAUCGACAAGGUGUUUCUCAAGAUCUCGAAGAAGCCCUCCAUUCGACGCAAUACGGACUGGGAGGCGGCAGCAGGGCUGCUAAAGGGCAUUCACGAAACGAUCAUCCGGCACUCGUACGUCCUCCACUGGCAGCAGAUGAAAACCCUGAUUAGCACGGUGCAAAAUCUGAUUGUCAAUGAGCCCGGAUCCGGCAUUCCCGAGGGUGUCUCCAGCGCAGGGGCGGCGCUCAUGUCUCAGAAUCCACCGGCCUUUUUCUGCUCGGCCGUAGUGCGCCUAGUGGCUCUGCAAGUGGUUAGCCCCGUGGACUGCUUCUCCUUGGUUCACAUUUGCGGGGGCAGUGCAGAGUUUGCCACGCAGGAAAAGGCCGAAGGCUUUCUAAUGCAUCUGAUCAUGCCGCUGUGUCUGAAGGUCUGCUCGGGACGCGGCGUAUCCGAUGUGGGCGAGCUCAAGAUGACGGAUGUAACAUUCUUGCUGACAGCCGUGCUCAAUGCCAUGAGCCCGCCGGCGGGUCGCACUGGUCAGGCUGUGUCGCAGAUCAACCGAGUCACCGGUGAUCUCCGUGCCGGUUCCCUAACCUUCACGGGCAGUCGGGACGCCAAGCGUCCGGCCCGCAUCUCGGGCUCCCUCUAUCAGGCCGCCUUCCUGGCCCUGCGCAUCGUUUGCAUUUGCUUCGAGAAUCGACUCUCUAAUGAAUGGCCACGCAUCGUCCGCGUGAUGAGGGACUUGGGCAGGCGGAAUGAGGCUGCGCCCGAUCUGUGGAGCUUCAUGGAGUUCGUCGUCACCCACCGAACGCCUCUUUAUAUUGUCCUGCUGCCUUUCAUUCUGCACAAGAUAUCGCAACCCCCCAUUGGAGACCACGAACGCCACAUGCAGUUCAUCAUCAGGGAAAGACUUCGCGGCACCCCGCCUCAGGGUGGAAUCAAAUCGAAGGGAGCGCUGCUGCUGGAGCUGGCCCGGGAGCUGCGCGAUCUGCGCGACGAGCUGGAGGAGAAGCGAUACGUCUCCACAGAUCGCGAGAGCUCCGAGCAGAAGAAGAGCGACACCCCGGCGGCAACCAGUGCGGCAGACGCUCACAAGUCGCAGCAAAGACCUUCACUCAUAUCUAUAUUCACAGGAACCACCACCGGCCAGGCCACUCACUCACACGUCUCAGCCGUGCCGAUCGACUCGCGCAGCGGAUCCGGGGGCAUCUGCACGCCCAGCGACACGCUGUCGCAGCAGACGCUGCACCCGCCGCGGGAGUCGCUGUCGAGCAGCUCCACGGGCCGCGAUCCGCACACGACGACCAGCGAGAGCCAGAGCGGCGAGGCGGACGCAGGCUCGGCGCCAACGCUGGUGGGUCCCACGCCCAGCGGAUCGGGACACGGCGGCACCGGUUGCGGCACCGCCUCUGCCGUGCCCUCGCACCUCUCGCACUCGCAGUCGCUCCAGCAGGCUCCCUUCAAGGCGCAGCCCCCGAAACUGCGCUUCGUCUCGUCCGUGGAGUUCCGGCACUCCUCGGGGGAGACCUCGACCACACCGCUAUCACCGGAAAGCCCGGCCGAGGACAGCUCAGGGGAUCACACCCGCUCACGACUACAGCGCUCUAAGGCGGCCAGCCGGAAGACCUUCAGGCUGAAACGCAGUCGUCUAACCCCCAUGGAACCACCCAGCAUUGUCACCUCGCACUCCCAGGAGGAGCAGCCACAGCAGCCCCAGCCCAAGACACUUGGCGAGAUAUCCUGGGACUCCGUUUCGCAGACAUCAUCAACAUCGGGUUAUCGGGAUAACAACAGCCUACAGACGGGACUGCUCUCGCCAGACGGAUCCUUGGGCGGACUUACACUUGGUCGGUCGCCUUCGCAACACUCACUCCUCAUGGUGUUUGAGGGCCAGGACGAGGACACGCUCAUUUAACAAUCACAGAACGGCGACCGCGCCUACGAACUCUAGAACCUAGAAAUAUAGAUGGAAGAACUAGUUAACAGGAAUUUCAAAAGACAUUAGUAAUUGGGAUGUUACGUUUUAUAGACAAAUAGUUGUUUUCCAUUGUGUGCCCAUUUUGUAUUCUAUAGGUAAAGCUAGAAAUUAAUAAACUAACUUGGUAGCCGUUCUAAA